AUGGCGUCUUCUAUGUCACAGAUGCUUGUUCUACUUGGGCUGGAAUACAUGAGCUGCAGGGACCUUGAUCAAUUCCUGCAGAUGAAGGGGCGGCUUGACACCCCCAGUGCAAGACAUAUCCCUUCCUCCUGGUCGGAUCAUGAUAUGGUACUGGCCGAGAUAGAUAGUCCAGGCCGGGCACCUAGGCCUUUUCACUGGAGACUGAACGAGUCCUUGUUAUCCAGACCGGGCUUGGUAGAUCAGUUACAAGUGGACAUUCGUGAAUUUUUCAGGGACAAUACUACAACUGACUCCGAUCCAUUAAAUGUAUGGUUAGCCCAUAAGGCAUUUAUGAGGGGGAAACUUAUUAAUGUAGCUUCACGUCUGAAACGUGAACGUACUGAAGCCCAGAGAGCUUUAGAGGCUAAACUAGAGAGACUGGUCAAGGCCCAUCAACGCUCGCCUUCCCUAUAUCUACUAAAAGCGGUAAAGGAUACGAAAUUACAGUUAAAUACCAUACUCUCUAAUAACACAGAAAAAGCCUUACGUUGGACAGCCUCGUAUUAUUAUCGCUUUGCCAACAAACCUGAUAAAAUGCUGGCCUCGCAACUUAAGGCCAAACAGAGAUUAAACCAGGGAAUCGUCCACAGAGACCUCAAGCCCGAGAACAUACUGGUGGCUGAGACGGGCCAUAUUAAGAUCACAGAUUUCGGUUUCGCACUUGAGAACAUGCUUGGAGACCACACAGCCACCGAAUAUGCUGGGACAAAAGGCCAUGUGGCUCCUGAGAUGCUAGCCGAGGAGGAGUAUGGCGUCGGAGUGGACUGGUAUUCAUUUGGUGUCAUCUUAAAUGAAAUGAUUACCAGUCAGUGCACUUACCAUCCUGCACUAUUUGACACAACACACUCCGGUGCUGAAGACAUCAUUAAAGAGCUCCUCCUGAGAGAUCCUGCCAAGCGCUUAGGAGUCCACGGGAACAUCCGAGGCCAUCAUUUCUUCCAGCAUAUUGACUGGGUCUCAGUGGAAGCCCUUCGGAUGUCCCCACAACACAUCCCUGUAGUAAGUAAAUAA